CUCUCCUUCUCUUCAAACAAAACAUAUCAUCACACCGUCAUCGUCUUCAAUUCACUUCCUCCGUCAAAAUCAAAUGAUCCAAAACCCUAAUUUCUCUUUACUGCUCUGAUUAAAUUGGUUUCGAAAAAGGAGGAGGGGAAGAGAGUUGAAAGAUAUUACACAGAAGAAAGGGGUUAAAGAUGUCUCUUCCGCUACUGGAGUGUAAGUACGUGACGGAGGAGUUUGUUCGUGAAGGUAAGAAUGGCAACUACGGAACCAAGCUGCCCAGCUCUAUACCGAUGCUUCGUUUCCUCUACGAGCUCUGUUGGAUUUUGGUUCGUGGCGAAUUGCCAAUUCAGAGCUGUAAAUCUGUGUUGGAGUCUGUGGAGUUUUUGGAUAAGCCGCCCAGAGAAGAAUUAGCUUCUUGUUUUGCCGAUGUUGUGACUCAGAUUGCUCAAGACCUUACCAUGUCGGGAGAUCAACGUUCUCGCCUAACCAAAUUGGCGAAAUGGCUUGUGGAGUCAAAGACAGUCUCUCAAAGGCUUUUCCAAGAGCGUUGUGAGGAGGAGUUUCUCUGGGAAGCUGAUAUGGUCAAGAUAAAGGCCCAAGACUUGAAGGGGAAAGAGGUGCGAUUAAACACUCGUCUUCUGUACCAGCAGACAAAGUUCAACUUACUCCGUGAAGAAAGUGAGGGAUAUGCCAAAUUGGUCACUCUUUUAUGCCGAGGAUCUGCAAGUUCUUCGCACAAUGCAUCAGCAGCAACGAUGGGAAUUAUCAAGUCAUUAAUUGGGCAUUUUGACCUGGAUCCGAACCGUGUUUUUGACAUUGUUUUGGAUUGCUUUGAAAUUGAACAAGAUUACGACACGUUUCUCAACUUGAUUCCUAUCUUUCCCAAGUCCCAUGCUUCACAAAUUCUUGGAUUUAAAUUUCAAUACUAUCAGAGAUUAGAGGUGAAUAGCCCUGUUCCAGUUGGGCUCUAUAAGCUUACAGCCUUGCUAGUAAAGGAAGACUUUAUCAAUCUUGAAAGCAUAUAUGCACAUCUGCUACCUAAGGACGAGGAAAUUUUUGAGGAUUAUAAUGCUUCCUCUGCAAAGCGAGUGGAAGAGGCCAAUAAAAUUGGAGUGAUUAAUCUCGCUGCUACUGGGAAGGAUCUUAUGGAGGAUGAGAAGCAAGGAGAUGUCACAGUAGAUCUCUUUGCUGCUUUAGACAUGGAAACUGAAGCUGUUACUGAGCGAUUACCAGAGCUAGAAAAUAAUCAGACUCUGGGCCUCCUUAAUGGUUUCCUCUCUGUGGACGACUGGUAUCAUGCCAAUAUCUUGUUCGAGCGUCUUGCCCCUCUUAAUCCGGUGGCUCACAAUCAGAUUUGUAGUGGCUUGUUUAGGCUUAUAGAGAAGUCGAUUACUCAUGCUUAUAGCAUUGCACGUCAGACACGUUUUCAAAAUUCUUCUUCUGGGGGCACAGAAAAGAUCACACACACUGCUAAUACAACAGCUGAUAAGAGUUGUCUAGACCUUCCGAAAGAAGUGUUUCAGAUGCUUGUUACUGUUGGACCUUAUCUUUAUCGCAAUACACAACUAUUGCAGAAGAUUUGUAGAGUAUUAAGGGUUUACUACUUGUCGGCCUUAGAUCUUGUUCGCGAUGGGUCUUCAAAUCAAGAAGGUAGUGCAUAUGAAGUUUCUCGUGUGCACCUGAAGGAAGUUAGGUUGAGAGUGGAAGAAGCUCUAGGGACAUGCCUUCUACCGUCGUUACAGUUAGUACCUGCAAAUCCAGCAGUUGGCCAUGAGAUUUGGGAAGUGAUGAGUCUCCUUCCAUAUGAGGCUCGUUAUCGCUUAUAUGGUGAGUGGGAGAAGGAUGAUGAGCAGAAUCCUUUGUUGUUGGCAGCAAGGCAAGUGGCAAAGUUGGAUACUAGAAGAAUUCUGAAACGGCUUGCAAAAGAAAAUUUGAAGCAGUUAGGAAGGAUGGUGGCAAAACUAGCUCAUGCCAAUCCCAUGACAGUGCUUCGAACAAUUGUAAAUCAGCUUCUCAGGUAUCAUGCCAAUAUCUUGUUCGAGCGUCUUGCCCCUCUUAAUCCGGUGGCUCACAAUCAGAUUUGUAGUGGCUUGUUUAGGCUUAUAGAGAAGUCGAUUACUCAUGCUUAUAGCAUUGCACGUCAGACACGUUUUCAAAAUUCUUCUUCUGGGGGCACAGAAAAGAUCACACACACUGCUAAUACAACAGCUGAUAAGAGUUGUCUAGACCUUCCGAAAGAAGUGUUUCAGAUGCUUGUUACUGUUGGACCUUAUCUUUAUCGCAAUACACAACUAUUGCAGAAGAUUUGUAGAGUAUUAAGGGUUUACUACUUGUCGGCCUUAGAUCUUGUUCGCGAUGGGUCUUCAAAUCAAGAAGGUAGUGCAUAUGAAGUUUCUCGUGUGCACCUGAAGGAAGUUAGGUUGAGAGUGGAAGAAGCUCUAGGAACAUGCCUUCUACCGUCGUUACAGUUAGUACCUGCAAAUCCAGCAGUUGGCCAUGAGAUUUGGGAAGUGAUGAGUCUCCUUCCAUAUGAGGCUCGUUAUCGCUUAUAUGGUGAGUGGGAGAAGGAUGAUGAGCAGAAUCCUUUGUUGUUGGCAGCAAGGCAAGUGGCAAAGUUGGAUACUAGAAGAAUUCUGAAACGGCUUGCAAAAGAAAAUUUGAAGCAGUUAGGAAGGAUGGUGGCAAAACUAGCUCAUGCCAAUCCCAUGACAGUGCUUCGAACAAUUGUAAACCUUCCGAAAGAAGUGUUUCAGAUGCUUGUUACUGUUGGACCUUAUCUUUAUCGCAAUACACAACUAUUGCAGAAGAUUUGUAGAGUAUUAAGGGUUUACUACUUGUCGGCCUUAGAUCUUGUUCGCGAUGGGUCUUCAAAUCAAGAAGGUAGUGCAUAUGAAGUUUCUCGUGUGCACCUGAAGGAAGUUAGGUUGAGAGUGGAAGAAGCUCUAGGAACAUGCCUUCUACCGUCGUUACAGUUAGUACCUGCAAAUCCAGCAGUUGGCCAUGAGAUUUGGGAAGUGAUGAGUCUCCUUCCAUAUGAGGCUCGUUAUCGCUUAUAUGGUGAGUGGGAGAAGGAUGAUGAGCAGAAUCCUUUGUUGUUGGCAGCAAGGCAAGUGGCAAAGUUGGAUACUAGAAGAAUUCUGAAACGGCUUGCAAAAGAAAAUUUGAAGCAGUUAGGAAGGAUGGUGGCAAAACUAGCUCAUGCCAAUCCCAUGACAGUGCUUCGAACAAUUGUAAAUCAGAUUGAAGCAUACAGAGAUAUGAUUGCUCCUGUUGUGGAUGCCUUCAAGUAUUUGACACAGCUUGAGUAUGAUAUCCUGGAAUAUGUCGUGAUUGAGAGACUGGCACAAAGCGGGCGAGAUAAACUUAAAGACGACGGGAUUAAUUUAUCAGACUGGCUUCAAUCUUUGGCAUCAUUUUGGGGUCACCUGUGUAAGAAGUACCCAUCAAUGGAGUUAAGGGGUCUUUUCCAGUAUCUCGUGAACCAGUUAAAGAGGGGCCAAGGGAUUGAGCUUGUUCUUCUUCAGGAACUGGUCCAGCAGAUGGCAAAUGUACAAUACACUGAGAACCUUACUGAAGAUCAGUUGGAUGCCAUGGCAGGAAGUGAGACUUUACGUUAUCAUGCAACAUCCUUUGGCAUGACGAGGAACAACAAGGCACUUAUCAAAUCAUCAAACCGUCUACGAGAUUCUUUACUUCCAAAUGAUGAACCAAAGUUAGCUAUCCCCCUUUUGAUACUUAUCGCCCAGCAUCGUUCUCUAGUUGUGGUGAACGCGGAUGCCCCAUAUAUUAAGAUGGUCACUGAACAGUUCGACAGAUGUCAUGGAAUUCUCCUCCAAUACGUGGACUUCCUUUCUAGUGCUGUCAGUCCUGCUACUGCUUAUGCUCGCCUGGUACCUUCGCUUGAUGAGCUUGUUCACACAUACCAUCUCGAGCCAGAGGUCGCUUUUUUGGUAUUUCGCCCUGUGAUGAGGCUCUUCAAGUGUCGACGGAAUGGUGAUGUUUCAUGGCCUUUGGAUAGUGGGGAAUCUAUGGAUGCGGAUUCUGAAAUAUCAGAGUCUGAGAGUUCUAUGAUUCUCGAUGUCGGUGCAUCUGAAAAAGCUGUAACGUGGUCUGAUGUUCUUGAUACAGUAAGAACAAUGCUGCCGUCAAAAGCUUGGAAUAGUCUAUCGCCAGACCUCUACGCUACUUUUUGGGGGCUUACGCUUUAUGAUCUCCAUGUUCCCAGAAAUCGUUAUGAGUCUGAGAUAUCUAAACAGCAUGCUGCCCUUAAGACACUUGAAGAGGUUGCUGAUAAUUCUAGCUCAGCAAUUACGAAGAGAAAAAAAGAGAAGGAAAGGAUUCAAGAGUCUCUUGAUCGUCUAACCGGUGAACUGAAAAAGCAUGAAGAACAUGUUGCUUCUGUCCGUAGAAGGCUUUCACGUGAAAAGGAUACAUGGUUGAGUUCCUGUCCUGAUACUUUGAAGAUCAAUAUGGAGUUCCUGCAACGUUGUAUUUUCCCUCGGUGCACAUUUAGCAUGGCAGAUUCUGUGUACUGCGCGAUGUUUGUACAUAUGCUCCACUCUCUUGGAACACCCUUUUUUAACACUGUCAAUCACAUUGAUGUUCUGAUUUGUAAAACGCUGCAACCAAUGAUCUGCUGCUGCACUGAAUAUGAGGUUGGAAGACUUGGGAGGUUUUUGUUUGAGACCUUGAAGAUUGCAUACCACUGGAAGAGUAAGGAAUCAGUCUAUGAACAUGAGUGCGGAAAUAUGCCAGGGUUUGCUGUUUAUUACAGAUACCCGAACAGCCAGCGUGUCACAUUUGGACAAUUUGUGAAGGUACACUGGAAAUGGAGUGGAAGAAUCACACGGCUUUUGAUCCAGUGUCUGGAGUCUAACGAGUAUAUGGAGAUUCGUAAUGCCCUAAUUAUGUUAACAAAAAUAUCUGGUGUUUUCCCAGUUACUCGGAAAACUGGGAUAAACCUUGAGAAACGGGUAGCCAAGAUUAAAAAUGAUGAACGAGAGGACCUUAAGGUCUUAGCAACUGGUGUUGCCGCAGCUCUGUCUGCAAGAAAACCACAUUGGGUUACAGAUGAAGAAUUUAGCAUGGGCUUCCUUGAACUAAAGGCCCCGCCAGUACAUGCUCCAAAACAUGCUUCUUCCCAGAAUGGCUUGUUNAUUGGUGUCUCCCAUGGUGAACCAACUGGGGAAAGAGCAAGUGUUAACCAGCAGACUGAGUCUGGUGGAUUGGGCAAGGACCAGUUAUUGAAAACUAAACAUCUAGAUGGAAGAACGGACAGUUUACCUUCAAAAUCUGAUCAAGGAAAUCUUAAAUCAAAGGGGGGUAAUCCAUUGGAUGCCCAAUCAUCCAUGUCUAAGAAGUCAGUGGAACAAAAGGAAACAGAUGAAACACCCAAAAUAUCUGAUGAACAUCCUGUCAAAGCUGCUUCAAAGUAUUCUGAAACCGAGUUAAAACCUUCCUCUAAACGAGGUGCAUCAGUGAACAAAUCUACAAAGCAAGAUUUUGGAAAAGAUGAUGGAAAGUCCGGUAAAGCUGGUGGAAGAACAUCCACAGCUGAAAAAGAUCUUACUUAUUUGGAGAGCAGGCAAUCAGGUUUGACCAAAUCUAUUUCCAGCACAGCAGCCAAUGGUAGCAUAGCCACUGGUUCGUCCAAAGUAAAAGACGACGGUGCUGAAGCUUCGGAUGCACAAAAGCAAUCUUCUCGGACUGUUCAUUCCCCGCGGCAUGAAAUCGUCUCUUCUGUGAGAUCAAGUGAUAGGUUACAGAAACGAACGAAUGCUGUUGAAGAUAGUGAGAGAAUAAGUAAACGUCGUAAAGGAGAUGCUGAGCACAGAGAGCAUGACAGUGAGCCUCGAUCAAGUGAUCGAGAUAGAUCAACAGACGCUCGGUUGGAUUUAAACAAAACAGUUACUGAUGACCAAAGCACACAUAGGGAUCAAGAUAGAUCAAAGGAUAAGGGUAAUGAAAGACAGGACCGAGACCAUAGAGAAAGAGUUGAGCGUUCUGAUAAACCUCGCGGAGAUGAUGUAGAGAAAGCAAGAGACAAAUCUUUGGAGCGUCAUGGUAGAGAGCGAUCUGUUGAGAAGGGUCUAGAUAAAGGAACAACUAGGAGUUAUGAUAGAAACAAGGAUGAAAGAAACAAAGAUGAUAGAAGCAAACUGCGUCAUGGUGAGGCAUCACUAGAGAAAUCUCAUUCUGAUGAUCAUUUUCAUUCUCAAGGUUUACCCCCACCUCCACCUUUACCACCUAACAUCGUUCCACAUUCUAUGGCUGCAAAAGAAGACCUCGAAAGAAGGGCUGGAGGUUCAAGGCAUUCUCAGAGGCUUUCCCCGAGGCAUGAAGAAAGAGAGAGACGACGCUCUGAAGAGAAUUCAUCAGUUUCUGUGGAUGAUGCAAAACGUAGAAGAGAUGACGAUUUCCGUGACCGAAAGCGAGAUGACCGAGAAUCAAUCACUGUGAAGGGUGAAGAAAGAGAAAGAGAAAGAGAAAGAGAAAAAAGCCUCCCUUUGAAAGAGGAUUUUGAAGCAUCCAAGAGAAGGAAGCUUAAGAGGGAGCAACAGGUUUCAUCUGCAGAGCCAGGGGAAUAUUCUCCCAUGCCACCACAUCAAUCCUCUUUAUCGACUGGUAUGGGACCAUCAUCUUACGAAGGCAGAGAGCGAAAGAGCAGUAGUAUGAUUCAACACGGAGGUUAUCUUGAAGAGCCAAGCAUCAGACUUGUUGGAAAAGAAGCUUCCAGCAAGAUGGCUCGCCGU